AUGGGGAUGCUCACAGGGGAUUCUGCUGCAGCUGCGCUCGGGCUUGCAGGCUUUUGCCUUGAAAAUGGUUUGGGUUUGGGGAGGGGCUUGCAUGAGCCGUCAUUUGAAGCCAUCAGCAUUGGCGAGGAUUUGUUCAGCUCUGGCACCGAACUUCUUGUCAAGGUGGUGUGCGUUCUUCAUUCACGCCUGGUGCCCAUGGAGCAGUGUUGGCAGGCCAUCAGCAUUUUGCAGAACGCUGAGACAUCCUGGUCAACUUGGCUGUGGAGCUUCAUUUAUCCUUCCCCAGCCCCGAGCCUAUGGUUGGCCAAAAUAAAGCCAGCCAUGCAUGUGCAUGGUGGGCGAGUACCCAAAGCUGUCUGGCUGCUAGCGAUGGAGAAGUUGCAAGGCGAGAGUCUCGCAGCACCCCCCUCAACCGUUGGGGCCAUGAGCCCCGUCCUGGCUUUGCUGGAGAGCUUGUCUGCGUGCGCAAUUGUUCAUGCCGAUCUUAGGAACGGCAAUCUCAUCAAGGACCGAACCAAUCAGCUUCACGUGAUCGAUUUCGACUCCCUUGUGCAAGUCAGUCUGGCCCCGAUGCGGGAUGAACUGAUUCGAGACCAUCGGCAAGCCCAACACCCGCUGACGUUGCCCCUUUCUCAAAGCGACAUGGCAUGCAUUCUGCACACAAUGUGGCAACUUGCGAUGCUUGACUGGCCAAACAGACCUUCGCCCGACGGCAGCUUGCCAGAAGACAUUGCUGCCUACUUGACACUAGGUCGCAGGAAAGAGCUUCAGUUGUUUCAGUGGGCCUUUGCCUUGGAAAGCCAAUCCAGGGUGGGACUGACUUGGGACGAGCUGCGCAGGGCAGUGCAGGCAGUGGAGGCCGUGCCACAAUGGGGGCGUGGUGUCUGA